AUGUACGAGCGGUCCACAAACGCGCACAAGCAGCAAAAACUUUCUUCUCGGGGGCGGCGUUUCAGUGCUUCACACUUUUUACGCACUUCUUCCACUUCCCCUUCUCUGUAUUCCGUUUAUUUAUAUACUCAAAUGAUUGCCAUUCAACGCACCUCUGCAUCACUCGUCGGAGCGACGACUGGGGCGAGAUCGUCCCCCGCGACGUCGAGAAGAAAUCAUCGCGCCGCUGCCGCUUCCACCGUCACCCGUCGUGAUGGGAUGCGUUCUCACGUGACGUCGAUGGAACGAAGGACGAAGAAUUCGUUCCGACUCCCCGCGAUCGCGAUGCCGUCUCCCGAAGUCAACGAACAGAUGCAAACGAUGACGUACAACGAAACCGGGAAAUGGCGGGAGAAUUUUGACCUCGCCGGGUGGGCGAAGGAGAUCAGAGAGGUUGAAAAAGAACAACGCUCGGAUAAGUACCACGAAGAGGACGUGAAGCACCUGAAGAAGAUCCUCGGAUGGGCGAACAUGUGCUACUACGGCGGACUCGGGGUUAUGUUUUUACUGCCGCAACUCGGCGUGGCGCAAGCGUUUGGGGCGAACGUUUUAGGCGCGUUUAUGAUGUCCACGGCGAUUUGCGCGAGAUGGACGAUGGUUGGACACCACGUGUGCCACGGUGGGUAUAACGCGGCCAUGACGGAAGGGAACGAGAUUAAAGGGAGGUUUCACCGAAGGAAGUUUGCAAGAGGGCCGUGGAACAGAAUCAUCGACUGGAUGGAUUGGAUGAUGCCGGAGGCGUGGGACGUGGAACACAACCACUUGCACCACUAUCAGUUGGGGGAGGAUGCUGACCCGGAUUUGGUCGAGAGAAACAUGAAGACGACGAGAGAAGGGCCGAUGCCGAUGUGGGCGAGAUACAUGCAAGUUGCCGCGUUGUCCGUGAUUUGGAAGUGGUUUUACUACGCGCCGAACACGAUGAAGGAGUUGUUCGCGAGAAGAGCGAGAGAGGCGGAAAAGAGAGGCGAGGAAUCGUACCAACCGUACACGACUGGGUCGAUGCCGUCCACGGUAUUGACGACGGUCCAAUCUGCGUUCCAGGGGAACUUUGGCGCGAUUAUUGAAACCGCCAAGUGCUUCGCGCCGUACGCGACGUUUCAGUUUGGCGUCUUGCCGGCGGUUGGUUACGCCAUCGGCGGCGCGCAAAUGGCCAUGGCCACUUUGGCGACGACUUUAUUGGCGGAUUUGUUCACCAACUUGCACUCGUUCAUCGUGAUCGCGACGAACCACGUCGGUGACGACAUUUACAGAUUUGAAUCCGAGACGAAACCGAGAACGGACGACUUUUACAUGCGAGCAGUUAUCGGCUCUGCGAACUUUCGCACCGGGGGCGACGUCAACGAUUUCAUGCACGGCUGGUUGAACUACCAAAUCGAGCACCACAUGUGGCCGGACAUGUCCAUGCGAUGCUAUCAAAGAGCGCAACCGAAAGUUAAGGCGAUUUGCGAAAAGUACGGCAUGCCGUACGUGCAAGAGAACGUGUUCAAGCGCGUUGGGCAAUUGGUCGAUGUCAUGGUCGGCAAGCGCACAAUGCUCGUAUGGGAAAACGGAGAUUAA